CGCAUGUGAAUCGCCAGAAUGGCACCCCGCUCUCUUUCUAUAUAAGCAGGUCUACCCCGAACAGAUCUCUGCUCUCCUUCUACCCCACCACCUUCCGGCUUGCCAAGUAUACCGGACUGCAAGCAAUAGACAAUCAACAUGAUUCAUCUUUCCACCAUCCUUGUCUGGGUCUUCGGGUUGUUGGCUGUUAUCGCAGCCUCACCUAUUUCCCAGCCUACGCCUUCCGAUCUCACUGAACGCGCGAAUGAUAGUUCGCUUCAACUCGUGUUCGGCGAAAUGCUCGGCAACCACUUCUGGUGGCUCUUCCAGGGCCCUCUGGGCAUUGGAGUCGACAUGUGCGGCCUUGACGAGCAAUUCGAGCUGGUUAAGUUAUGGCCUCAUCCUGGCACCGCCAACAUAGACAGUCCGCCUUUUCCAACUAAAAUCACGGUUAAAGUCAGAUAUGAUGGCCGCCAGGAAUGCAGCUACUACAACGACGGCAAGGGAAAUGCGGGACGUCUUGUAUGCGCUGAUCCGUCCCCCUAUUCGACCGACUUCAAGCGCGACCCACAGUGGGAUAAGCCGACAGAGGUUUGCAAAGGAAAACGAAUGCAUCGGGGAUACUUUGUCGAGUACGGAACCUGAGACAACAAAGUACGACACACCAUAAUGAACAGACAUGACGAGUCCUCUGAAAGACGACAGGGAGCUAUGAAUA